AUGGCCAGGGCAAGGGCCCUAGCCGGAAUCACCCGGAGGGCCACUCGACCGGCCAGGCCAACGCGACCAGCCAGGCCGACUCGGCCGGCCAGGCCGACUCGACCAGCCGCACCACCGCCAGCUCAGCCACCAGCAGCGCCGCCAACACCGUCCGUCGGCCCGACACCGGACCCACCCAGUGCAGCGGCCGCUUCAGCCGCACCACCGGCCACGCCAGCAGGCCCGCCGCCAGAACCACCGACGCCAGCCUGGACGCCACCGCCGCUCAUCUCUGAGCUUCCCGACCGGCCACACCGCCAACACCGGCAAACCCGCCGACCGAACAGCGGCCCAACAAGGCCGACAGCGACCCCCACGGGACCCGCUGCC